AUGAGCAGCACAGUCUCAGCAUCGGCACCGCCCAAACGGUCGAAAAUGUCACGCGCAGUGACCAAGACACGUCGCGUGCAACCUGUCGACCGGGACGAAAAUGGAAAUGUCAAAUUACCCCAGCAAAUUGGUGUCCUGACCGUCGUCAAGCUGGGCAAGAUCGUCCAUGACCGCGAUGCAUUCCACAACGAGCGCUACAUUUUCCCAGUCGGAUUCACGGUUGAACGGACCUAUCCAAGCAUGAUUAACCCACACAGCAACACGAGCAUUGUGUCUACCAUCUUGGACGGUGGCGACGGGCCCCGGUUUCAUAUUGUUGCAGCAGACAUGCCGGACCAACCCAUCAUUGCCAACUCGGCCACCGGCGCUUGGACGGUCGUGGUCCGGCGCAGUAACGAGAUCCGUCACCGCGAGCAUUCCAAUUCAGCCAGUGGGCCCGACUAUUAUGGCUUCAAGCAUCCAACCAUCGCCAAGAUGAUCCAGGAUCUGCCCAAUGCUGAUAAAUUGCGCUACUAUGUACGCCAAAAUUUUGAGGAAAUGGAACCG